AUGGCCCAACCCAAUCCGUACAUCCUGGCCUGCGACCAACCGAACACUCUCCUGGAGCUCCUCCGCGCCAAUCCUUCCAUCGCAUCCUGCCAAGAUGAGCAUGGCUAUUCUCUCCUACAUGCUGCUGCUUCAUAUGCACACGUUGAUCUCCUUCGCGCCCUCGUGAAAGAGUUCAAUGUAGACGUCAACCUACUGGACGAAGAUGGUGAAACCUGUCUAUUUGUGGCGGAGGUGCCCAAGGUCGCCCGGUGCCUGGUCGAGGAGCUUGGUGUGGAUUAUAACAAGACCAACAAUGAAGGUCAAAAGGCGCAUGAGAAGAUGGAGGCCGACGAAGAAUUCCCCCAAGUUGUCGCAUACCUACGCGAGGUCAUUGGUGCGCCAGCCUCUAGUGAGGACUCGACAGCUGCCUCGCUGAACAGGCCACCUCCUGUACCGAAUAAUAUGCAGGUCAAUAUUGGAACAAUGUCAGAGCAAGAGGCUAGUGCUGGUGAGACCGAGGUGGAUCCUGAGUUCAAGCGGAGGAUUGAUGAACUUGCGGCCAGGGAGGACUUCCACAGCGAGGCAACCCAAAAUCAGCUACGAGAGCUGGUGAUGGACGCGAUUUCCGGCUCGAACAUCGAUAGUGCUGAUCGUGAAUUCUCAAGGCAAAGGACCGAGUAG